AAAAAUUAAAUUCUUGAACAUUUGUUAAUCAAUAUCAACUUUUUAACGAGCGAUUUUGCAAUACGAAUAUUCAGAAUAUAUGUACGAUUUAUUGUAAAAAGAAGUUAUGCAUACAUUGUAAUUAAUUUACAUUGUAAUUUUUGCAAUUGCAAAUUAUUUUAACUUUCACAUCAUAGUAACCAUUUCACAACUAUUGGCAAUAUUGAACGCUAAAUGGCGCGCACUUGUUCAAGGGAAAGGUUCAAAAGGUUGUGGUAACUGAUGGUAACCAGUAAUCCUAUUAAUAAACUUUGUAUCAAAUCGAAUCAAAUAUGAUCAUGGAAUCAUUAAACAAAUAUUUAGAAACCGUGGAUGAAUAUAUAUUCGAUAAUGAUAAGCUGGUAACAUAUAAAUGGUUAAGUAAAGAGCUAGAAGUUCACGUAAACAUUGCCAAACAGAUUUUAUGGGAAUUCUGGCAACAGAAAAAGGAUGAGAAGACUUUUGACUGCACUUUCUUAUUAAUGGGUACUUUAAAGGAUGGCGGUAUACGCAUUGAAGUCAUAAAGGAAAAAGAUUUAGCACCGGCGAAAGAUAAAUUUACUGCAAUUAUAUCCGAACAUAUUUAUAGUCUUCAGAAAGCACUUCCUGAUAUACAGACAUUAGGACUGGCUGAAGAUGGAGACGUUAAAUAUAGUGGUAUCAAGUUCCUUGAAAAUAAUAAACGUAGUGCUGAGGAAAUGCAUGCCAUACGUUGGGGUGCUGCUGCAGCAGAAAUACCAUCGGUCUCUCAUGAACAAACGUCUGCACCUGAAGUUAAUAAGGAAAAAGAAGGAAAGAGUCCAGAGAAAAAAUUAGAUGAUGUGAAUAAAAAUGAUCAAAAGAAAGGUUUUAAUAACCUUUUUGGGAAAGCUGUUAAUAAACAGAAGAGUCCACCCUCAGCAUUAUUUUCUAAAUCAGAGAAAACGAAUUCUUCUAAGCAAACAAAACAAUCACCCAAAAAAGAUAUGUCUAAGUCAUCUAAAAGGAACACCCAGAAAGGUGGACUCAAUAGCUUUCUACAGCAAGUCAAGAACGAAGUAAAACCUGAACAUUCGGUAUCUUCAGAGCCUGAGAAAAUUACAAAUUCUGUAGUAAAAGAAAGUGUAAGGGAAAAAAUUACUUCUGAGAAACAAACUAAUCAAAAGAAAAGUACACGUGGGAAAAAGCGCAAUAGGAGUAAAGAUAUUAAUACCAAUAUUAAAAGACGGAAACGUAUUGCUAUACAGAGUGAUUCCAGUGAAGAAUCUGGAUCAUCUGAUGAAAAUGAAGAAAACAUUCCAUCUUCACCUUCUCCGGAAAAAGUUUUACCUGUCAAAAAGCUUUCUCCAUCUCCACCAAAAGUUAAACAUGAGGAUGGAAAACGCAGGGUUUUAAAGAUGGUAGAUAAAACUUUUGAAGAGGAUGGGUUUCUGGUUACCAAAAAGGUGCAUGUUUAUGAAAGUUGCUCUGAAGAAGAACCAGAGGUGGUGCCGAAGAAGUCAGUACCACCUGAAUCUCAUCCUGAACCAAAAGGGAAAAGAAGCACAAAGCAAACAACUUUAAUGAACUUUUUCAAGAAAUCAUAGUAUAUGUUAUCAUUUCUCACAGCUUCAAGCAGAAAUAUUAAUAUUAUUAUAUGAAUAAAGUUUUGAUUUCAAUAAUGAAUACAGUUAUAUGUAUAUAUAUAUAA